AUGGAGGAGUCGGGCGCCUGCGUCUUGAACCUGACGGAAGGUGGCGUUGGUACCAUGGUGCUGGUGGGACUCUUCGAGGAUGGACAACAGGCCUUGCUGGAGAUGUUUGCAGAAGAGGAAGCACAAUUGACGCCUGAAGAGGAGACUGGAGAACCUCCCGUGUUGGCCGCCUUUGGCGGCCUCGCAGCCUUGCUCCUUCUGAACGUAGGUCUGGCUGCCCUCAGCCGACUGGCGGAUAUCCACGUGAAGGACACCACCAGCAAGGGACCACCGAGAGACUACAUGGAAUCGCCUGGAUACAAGAUGGCCUGCAUGGGCGUUGGGUCGGGUUAUGGCGGGUUGGGAAGUCUGGAUGAGAUGUGA